AUGGACGAUUAUACUAGAGAGAUGAUGGAUCUCAAGACCUUGGUCACUCGAACCCUAGAGAAGAAAGGCGUUCUCGCUAAGAUCCGGGCUGAGCUCCGUGCGAGUGUGUUUGAGGCAAUCGAAGAAGAAGAUAGAGUGAUAGAGAGCAACGAAGGGCUUCCUCCAGCUUUGUUGGGAAGCUGCAAUGAUCGUGCAAGGCAGCUUCAUGCUUCUCCUUCAGGCAGGUUGCUGUCUGCGUUUAUUUGUGAAUAUUUGGACUGGGCGCAGCUAAAGCACACGCUCAAAGUUUAUCAACCAGAAUGCAAUUUGCCAAAAGAUUCUUGGAAGUCGGAGUUACGCGAUUUUAGUAGCAAGAACGGCUAUGAGCUCAACAGAAAUGGAGAUAGCGGACCGCUCCUUCUCGAUGUUCUUGAAGGAUUCUUGAAGUUUGAGAAAUAUGACGGUGAAGAUGCGACUGAAGCCGAGUCCUCAUCAAGCCUUGAGUCCAAAAACCCUCCUCGCAGAUCAUCUACUUCUGAUAUCUUACCUCCUCAACGAAGGUCGGUUUCUGCAUCUCAAGCAUCUGACGGAAAAGCAGCUACCUCUGAGUACAGUAAAGACGAACAUAAUUGGAGAUAUGACAGUGAAGAUGCGACUGAAGAGGUAAUGAGAGCUUCAACAGCGCUGGAAAAUCUUCAGCUGGAUAGGAAAACUCGGAACCUAACAUCUUCAUGGAGGAAUGUGAGGGAUGGAACAAGUGAAGAGGAAGGGAAAGAUUGA